AGCGCGUCGCUCGCAAUUUUAUUUAAUCGCGCGCGCGAAGCGAAAAACUUCGCGACAGUUUCAAGUAUCCUUUCGGUUCGGAUAAUAUCGUCGCAGCUCGUUACGACGUCGCGUGUCUUGACGACGGCGACGCGCAUUUCUUUAAAACGUUAGCGACGGUGGUGAAAACGUGCGGCGGUGUGAAUUUUUAGUUGUGUUUAGUUUUCGGUGUCUCGAUGCAUCUGCCGCCUGCGAGCAUCGACAUGUACGCGAAUAUGCAAGAGUCCCUCCAGGAGUAUCACGGGGAGUUGGUGCAGACCGGAAGCCCCACGGUCCUUUGUAGCGCGCUUCCCAAUCACUGGAGGUCGAACAAGAGUUUGCCGAUCGCGUUUAAAGUCGUCGCGCUGGACGACAUCCAGGAUGGGACCGUCGUGACGCUCCGGGCCGGCAAUGACGAGAAUUACUGUGCGGAGUUACGGAACUGUACGGCGGUCAUGAAGAACCAGGUCGCGAAAUUCAACGAUCUGAGAUUUGUGGGGCGCAGUGGACGAGGAAAGUCCUUUUCCUUGUCGAUCAUGAUCAGCUCCUCGCCGUUUCAAGUCGCGACGUACAACAAGGCGAUUAAAGUCACGGUGGACGGUCCACGAGAGCCAAGAACCAAAGCCAAUUUCCAGUACGGAUAUGGCAUACCUGGAUUACCUGGUGCGUUCAACCCGUUCCUUCUGAAUCCGGGAUGGUUGGACGCUGCCUACAUGACGUACGCGUGGCCCGAUUACUUUCGCACCCGCCCGAGCUUUCAACAGCAAAACAUUCACCCGGGAUUAAUUAAAGGCAAUUCACCCCAGCUGCCACCGAGCAACCUCCAAGGGCCCGGCGGCGACUUUUACAUUCCUCACGGGGCGACACCGCCGGGUGCUUUCCCACCGAACUACCACUCGGGCGGCCUACUGCCUCAGUUACCAACCGAGAGCCUCCCCAAAGUGCCACAGUUCGACAACUUCCACAUCCGAACGCUACCAUCGUCGUCACCCCUCGAUCAGCUCACAAUGAAACUAUCCCCGACCUCGACGGACCGCACAACAGUCAGCCCGCAGAUGAACAGGAUACGAAACCUCCACGACAGCCCGAGAAUCCACUCGACAGUGGACCACUCGAACUCGGAAAACUCAGACGACGAAGACAUCGACGUAGUCAAGUCCGCCUUCCAACCGAUUAAACCCGCCAACAUCCUCCUCCAGGAGAUUCAGCACCCCGACUCGACCGUGCAGGACAAAGAGCCCUCGGCCAAACUCAAAUCGCCCGCCUCGCGCAAACCCCACAGUCCAAAAUCGCCGAGCGCCACCAAAAUCACACACACACCCUCGCAGAUCAACGCCACAAAAAACGUGUGGCGGCCCUACUAGUCCCCCCCACAAAGACUCUCUCCCAAAUUGUUGCAAUAUUGUAAAUACGAACGAGUGAAGUUAUAGUCUAUAGUUUAGUCUAAUACACGAAUUGUGAUAGCAAAAUUUAGAUAUUUUUGUACACUUGUAAAUGAUGUAGAAUAAAUUCAUCGCCGCUGCAGCGGG